AUGGGGCAGGACGAUGAGGAUUCUGCUUUCAGCGAAAAGAUUAUUAAUGAGAUCGAUGCUGUAAUCGUGCGCGAUCUUGAUCUGGCUGGGUUUGAAAUCAUCCCGAUGCCGCUGAAUCAAAACAAGUCCCCAGUGAUCCACGUGGAACACCAUCUCGGUCUGCAAUCCUGGUGCGUUGAGUGCGUCUACGCGUACGCACAUCGUUUGAUUUUGCAAUACCGCAACGAAUGUCUCGCAUCGAACGCACUUCUGGCUGGUUGCGGGUCGGUCGCUUGGAAUGCGUCCGAAAAGAGCAAGCUAAACGUGGGUGGAGGUGGCCCCAGCAGCAACCCUGGCAAUGGAGGCAAUGUCGCAAUUAUUAAGUACCUAAAUUGUGCCAUACUGAUCAACCCGGAUGUGGCCACCUUUUGGAACAUGCGUCGGCAGCUGUUCGCGAAGAACCGCCUCGAUAUCUCAAAGGAAUUCCAAUUCUCGACGCUCGUGCUCAGCAAGAAACCAAAGUCGAAUGAAGCGUUCGCGUACCGGCGGUGGUUGUACCUAUUUCAGAGCUCCGAUGCCAUCGACUGGGCGUUCGAGAUAAGCUUGUGCGAAAAAUGUGCAGACAAGAGCAACACGAACUACCACGCCUGGUGCCACCGGCAAUGGGUUUUGAUGAAGGCUCCAAACCUGCUGAAGUACGAAGUGUACAAAACGGAAAAGUUCAUCCGUAAGCACAUCCACGACUACAGCUGCUACAACCAUCGGCAGUUUGUGCUGACGAAAAUGUUCGAAAUGUGCUACUAUGACGAGGAGGACUACGGUGUUGAGGAUGUCCAGAGCCAGGACACAGACGGGCAGACUGGCCACAGUCGUAAAUACAACGCUCUCUGUAGGCUGAUCGAAUUGCUGACCGGUGGCGAGGCACCGGUCGCCGAAGACACUACGAUGAGCAAUCUACUCCGAUAUUUGAUACCUGCCAUUACCAAAGAGCACGAUUUGAACCAGCUGCGAGUACACACCUUCCUGUACUGUUUGAACGUGGCUGCGUACGAUUUGCGUAUGUGCACCGAACUGAGCGUCCUGCAUAGCGUUUCGCAAGCCCUGGAAAACCACCGCAAGUUUAUGGUGAAGUUUCUCAUCGAUCGAUUGCGGAUCGGAUCGAGCUGGUUGCAGAAUACGCCCGCCACCAUGUACGGAAAUCCUGGCGAGUGUCAACAACCGUUGUCUAAGAUUACGCGGCUCGACGAAGACGCGAGCACGUUCUUGCAGGCAUUGAAGGCUGAAGAGCUGCGAAGGUCACGCGGAGACAUCCGGCACGGCCAAUGGUGCAAGUCUUUCCUGGGAAUCGAACUGGAGCAAUAAAGCCGAAAAGCUACUGGUGAAAAAGCUACUUUUCGCUUCAAUCAUGUUCCUAGUCAGAGCUGCUAUUAUUAUUGUACGGUUCGGAUGGUCGACUCCUGACGAAUUCCGGCCACGUUUGCGUUAUCCUUCACUCGGUUGCUAGAUCAAUGUGAUAAAGAUGUUAAGCUGUCGAGAACAGGAGAGUAGAAGUUAGUUAAGAUUAUUUUUAUAAUCAAAAGCAGAAAAGUAAACCAUGUAACAUGAUCUGUAACCAUUCUCACGGCAGAAAGUUUGGGCAACGCGAUGGAUAUGGAUUGUUCACGCUUACGCUCCCCCAUCAUCGAUGCUGCAGUGCACAAGCUCGAUUUCUUAAGUAGUAGCGAAUUUUACUUCCAAUAACAAUCAAUAAAUCAAUUUAUUUUUGAGAUAAA